GCCCUAUAUAUAACCGAAGCCUUCAUUUGCGAACUCACAGUUAUCUACAACACAAGUUGCUUCCGAUUUCGUUUCAUUUUCCAGAAGAAUUCCGAACUCCGAGAUUUGCUUUCGAUUUUCCUUGAAUCGAAUUGAAUUUUCUUGCUCUGAUUCUUCAGCCAUGGAGUGUAGAACGUUAGAUAUCAACAUCAAGAGGGCCAAGGGUUUAAAGAACGUGAAUCUCUUCUCGACGAUGGACGUUUACGCCGUCGUUUCGAUCUCCGGCGAUCCGCGUGGGAAAUCGAAGCAGAAGACGCCGGUGGCUAAAGACGGCGGCACGGAUCCUCAGUGGAAUCACUCGAUGAGGUUCACAAUCGAUGAGGCUGCUGCACAGGGUAACCGACUUACUCUGAAGAUCAAACUCGUUUCCGAUAGGAGUUUUGGCGAUAAGAAGAUCGGUAAGGUUUUCGUUCCGAUCAAGAAACUGCUCGAUGAAACUGCGAAAGGCGUUGGCGAGAAAUCCGAGAGAACUCUGACUUUCGCCGUCAGGACGCCGAGCGGAAAGGAGAAAGGCACCGUGGAGUUUUCUUACAAAUUUGGGGAAAAAUACACGGUUCAGGCGCCGCCUCCACCGGCAAAGAAAGCCGCCGAGCCUGUGACGGCUUAUCCCCAAGGUUAUCCUGGAUCUAGUUCCGGAUAUCCGGCCGGCGGUGCACAUCCGCCUCCGGUAGGCAGCGCUUAUGCUUAUCCGCCUCCGCCGCAAGGGUACGGAUAUCCACCGGCUCCACAACCUGGAUACGCGUACGGCGGCUACCCACAGCCGGCGCCGGGGUACGGAUAUCCGCCGGUGCAACAGCCGCAUAAGCCACAGAGGAGCGGAAUGGGUGGAUUGGCUUUGGGAGCCGGAGCUGGUCUGCUCGGAGGUUUGCUGAUCGGCGAUAUGAUUUCAGAUGUGGGCGAUGCUGCAGCCUAUGAUGCUGGAUAUGAUGCUGGCUUUGGUGAUGGCUUUGAUUUCUAAGCUCUCUCUCUUCAGACGUCUUCCUUUUUGAUCAGUAUGUCUCUGCCAUGUAUAUGAGGCUUUGAAGCUUUAGAUUACAGAAGUUUUUAAAAUAAAUUGUUGCAAGUUUCCAUUAGAAUGACUAGUUUUUUGCAUUUUUUUGAAAAAGUUUGUAAAGAAUCGUUCACUGAUAUGAGAUAGAAUCUGUUUUUACCUUCUGAUUU